AUGCCCCAGGGUAAACGAAAGAAGUCCUCACGCAAGCCUCAAGGUCCCAAGAAACGCGAACCCCUCCCUUCGACAUUCACCUGCCUCUUCUGCAACCACGAAAAAGCGAUCCAAGUCAAACUCGACAAGAAAGCCGGCGUCGGCAACCUACACUGCAAAAUAUGCGGGCAAAAGUUCCAAACCGGCAUCAACUACCUGAGCGCCGCUGUCGACGUAUAUUCCGACUGGAUCGAUGCGUGUGAAAAUGUGGCGCAGGACGAGGCAACAAAGGAAGCGGCCGAGGAGGAGGAGGAUGCGAAGUUCAGCAGUUAUGCUACGUCCGGUAGAGCCGGAGCGGGUGUCGGAGCCGCUGGAGGAGGCGGGGAUGAAGAUGACGAGGACGCCGAUUAUGGGGACGAGUGA